UCGGCGCGCGGCGCGGCUGGGCGCUAAGAUGGCGGCGGCGUGAGUUGCAUGUUGUGUGUGAGGAUCCGGGGCCGCCGCGUCGCUCGGGCCCCGCCAUGGCCGUCACCAUCACGUUGAAGACGCUGCAGCAGCAGACCUUCAAGAUCCGCAUGGAGCCUGAGGAGACGGUCAAGGUGCUGAAGGAGAAAAUAGAAGCCGAGAAAGGCCGUGACGCCUUCCCUGUGGCCGGCCAGAAACUCAUCUAUGCCGGCAAGAUCCUGAGCGAUGAUGUCCCCAUCCGGGACUAUCGCAUCGACGAGAAGAACUUUGUGGUCGUCAUGGUGACCAAGGCCAAGGCUGGCCAGGGCUCCUCAGCACCCCCAGAGGCCUCCCCGACUGCCGCCCCAGAGUCCUCUACGACCUCGCCAGCAGCCCCUGCCUCAGGCAUGUCCCACCCCCCACCGGCCACCAGAGAGGACAAGAGCCCAUCAGAGGAGUCGGCGCCCACAACGUCACCGGAGUCUGUGUCUGGCUCUGUUCCUUCUUCAGGUAGCAGCGGGCGAGAGGAAGACGCGGCCUCCACGCUAGUGACCGGCUCUGAGUACGAGACGAUGCUGACGGAGAUCAUGUCCAUGGGCUACGAACGGGAGCGGGUGGUGGCCGCCCUGAGAGCCAGCUACAACAACCCGCACCGAGCCGUGGAGUACCUGCUCACGGGGAUUCCCGGGAGCCCCGAGCCCGAACACGGUUCUGUCCAGGAGAGCCAGGUCUCCGAGCAGCCGGCCACAGAAGCAGGAGAGAACCCCCUGGAGUUCCUGCGGGACCAGCCCCAGUUCCAGAACAUGCGACAGGUGAUCCAGCAGAACCCGGCGCUGCUGCCUGCCCUCCUGCAACAGCUGGGCCAGGAGAACCCUCAGCUACUGCAGCAAAUCAGCCGGCAUCAGGAACAGUUCAUCCAGAUGCUGAACGAGCCCCCCGGGGAACUGGCCGACAUCUCGGACACGGAGGGGGAGGUGGGCGCCAUAGGCGAGGAGGCCCCGCAGAUGAACUACAUCCAGGUGACACCGCAGGAGAAAGAAGCUAUAGAGAGGUUGAAGGCCCUGGGCUUCCCGGAGAGCCUGGUGAUCCAAGCCUACUUCGCGUGUGAGAAGAACGAGAACUUGGCUGCCAACUUCCUUCUAAGUCAGAACUUUGACGACGAGUGACACCAGGAGGCCAGGCUGCCGCUGCCGCUGCCCCUCCCCCUGCCCCGCUCCACAAAAGUUUUAUAAAAGAAAAAAAUAUAUAUAUAUUCAUGUUUAUUUAAGAAGUGGAAGAAAAAAAAUCAAAAAUCUUUAAAAAAAAAACACACAAACCAAAAAACCCCUCCCCCGGCUCCCCCCCCAACCCCCCGCCCGCUCCGGUCCCCAUCUUGGCCGGAGAAGACCCAGGCCAGACAGCUGUCCCCAACCUCUCCAGCCCAGUCUGCUCAGAGGCGCUGGCAGGACCGGGAGGCGACAGAUGGGCCCCUCUUGGCCUCUGUCCCAGCUCCGUGCAGCCAGAUGGAGAGGCGGCUGCUCGCUUCCCCACCUCCCCCAGGACCCCCCAGCCCUGCCCUCUACCAGAACGAAGGGGGGGCUGGAGCCCCAAACUUUGAUCCUCCAUCUGCCCUGCGCCCCCUGCUCCACUCUGGCCUUGGCCUCCAGCCUGGGAGUGGGAACCAUCAGCUCUGAAGGCCAAGGCCGCCCCACCCCUCCCCAGAAAAGAACCACGUCUCAUAAAAAGGUUUUGAAGUGAAUAAAGUUUUAAAAACCA